UCCAAAUGAAGUUUUGAUGUAAAUACGUGUCAGAGCAGAUGAUUCCAGAUAUAUGACAACCGUUAGAUCGUGAUCACCUCCAGACGUCUUCCUGAAUUCAACGGCGAUCCAUAGCACUUUCUGUUCAUCUGAGAUAAACUCGGAAGAGAGAGAGAGUUGGAGAAGAAGGGAAGAAGAAGAGGAGGAAGAAGAGGAGGAAGAGGAAGAAAAGAACCUUCUCUGAUCUUUUCAGGUCAAAAGAGCAACGUUUGGUUCUUCGGAAUCGAUCCAUAUCGACAUCUCUCUUUCAUUUCUUUUGUUUCUUCUUCUUCCAUCGUCUCUUUAGCUUCUGGAUAGAAGAAGAAACCAAAAGGAUUUGAAAGAAGAAAUUCUCGAGUCCGAGGAAUGAUCUAUCGAGACGAACAGUUGAGGGAAAAGGAUUGAUUUUUCCUCCAAUCGGGAGAAGUGAGGGUUUGUGAGAGUAAUGGAGAUCGAUAGCAUUGAGUGCAUAUCUUCAUCGGUUGGGAUGGAAAAUGAAGAGAUCCAAUCGUCUCAUCAUCCCAAAUACAUUUCAUCGACCAAAUCUCACAAUAAUGUUUUGCCCACAGCCGGAAUUGUCCCAACAAGUGUCCACGAUUUGCUCGAAUGCCCUGUCUGUACAAAUUCCAUGUACCCUCCCAUUCAUCAGUGUCACAACGGGCACACGCUGUGCUCAACCUGUAAAACAAGGGUACAUAAUCGGUGCCCUACAUGCAGACAAGAGCUUGGUGACAUACGCUGCUUAGCACUAGAGAAGGUUGCAGAGUCACUUGAACUACCUUGCAAACAUUAUGCACUGGGAUGCCCCGAAAUAUUCCCAUAUUACAGCAAACUCAAGCAUGAAGCUGUUUGUAACUUUAGACCAUAUAAUUGCCCGUAUGCUGGAUCUGAGUGUUCGGUGGUUGGGGACAUACCUCAUCUGGUGUCUCAUUUAAGGGAUGACCACAAGGUGGACAUGCACAAUGGAUCCACUUUCAACCAUCGAUAUGUCAAGUCUAAUCCUCGUGAAGUUGAAAAUGCAACGUGGAUGCUCACUGUCUUCCACUGUUUCGGACAAUACUUCUGCCUCCACUUCGAGGCCUUCCAGCUUGGGAUGUCCCCUGUUUAUAUUGCUUUCCUCCGCUUCAUGGGUGAUGAGAGUGAAGCACGCAACUACAGCUACAGCCUGGAGGUUGGUGCAAACGGUAGAAAGCUGAUAUGGGAGGGCACCCCAAGAAGCAUUAGGGAUAGCCAUCGCAAGGUAAGGGAUAGCCAUGAUGGACUUAUCAUUCAACGUAACAUGGCACUUUUCUUUUCUGGUGGGGACAGGAAGGAACUGAAGCUUAGGGUUACAGGGAGGAUAUGGAAGGAACCACAGCAUAACUCAGAUGCUGGAGUGUGCAUUCCUAAUCUAUGUACUACCUGAUUCUUUUAUUUUCUUAAUUUUUUGGGGGUAAUUAUUAUUCUCUGUAUUUGUGUAAUAUUGAGUGAGAAAGAGAAAUAGAGAAAUCUUCAGGUUUUAACUUGUGUUGUAACUUAUAAAGUUAUGCUUUCAAUGUACAUGACCACUGAAGUUCUACCUACUUUAUAAACAUAAUAUUACCCUCAUGGUAAAAGCCUUCAAUUGAGUAAUACUAUCUCCGUCCC